UUCCUGUCACUUCGUGGAUUUCUAACGGGUUGUGUGUUUGGACCGAAGUGACGCUUCACCGGUUUUUUAUUUUUGCCGUCACCGGUUAAAGGACCGUCGUGCUUCCUUGGGAGGGGGGAACCCUCCCUCUUUCCCCGCGUCGGCGGCUGCGUGCGUGUGUUCGUGCGCGUGGAGAAAUGUAGGAAGUAACGCAGAGUUUCGGGUCAGAACGAGGACCAGGAGACGUCGGGCUUCCUCUCCGGAGACUCAGUAACUCCAGGCACGGGAAGGAAGGAGCGCCCGUCCAGACCUUCACGCCUCACCUUUGGCUGGAAGCUCAGGAGGUCCCGGAGGAUGAGAUGUUCUGAGGAGCGGCUCUGAGCUUCAGGAUGAGCGCUGCAGAAGAAGCUGGGACCCCUGACAAGGAUGAGGAGGCGCGUGUUGUGCAGGUCUACCUCCGGCAGGACACCGGCGCCUACUGCCCCAUCCAGGUCAGUGCCAGAGACACGGCGAAGACCCUCAUCCACAAUGCCAUCCUGACCCUGGGCCUGAAGUCCAACCAGACCUACAGUCUGCUGGAGGUCAGGGAGAGCGGCUCAAAGGAGACGCUGCUGAAACCGGAGGAGCGACCUCUGCGGCGAGUUCUGCUGUGGCCUCCGGAGACGCAGAAAUGGCACCCCAAGAGCAGCGGACACUUCUUCGUCCUGCAGCCGGAGAGCAGUGAGGAGGACAUGGACGACCUCUGCGACCUCCCCGCUGUGACGGAGACCAGCGUCCUGGAGGCUCUGCGGCAGCGCUUCUACAACCGCAAAAUCUACACCUACAUCAGCAGCAUCCUGGUGGCCGUCAACCCCAACAAGUACCUGCCGGUCUACUACAACCCCAAGUACGUCAAGAUGUACGAGAACCAGCCGCUGGGCAAGCUGAGCCCCCACAUCUUCGCCAUGGCCGACGUGUCCUUCAGAGCCAUGCUGGGCCGCCAGAGGAACCAGUGCAUCCUGCUGUCGGGCGAGACGGGCUCGGGGAAGACGGAGAGCAGCGGGUACCUCAUCCACUGCCUCACGGCGCUCAGCCAGAAGACGUCCUCCACCGGGCUGGACCGGACCAUCCUGGGAUCGGGGCCGGUGUUAGAGGCUUUCGGCAACGCGAAGACUGCCGAGAACAACAACUCCAGCCGCUUCGGGAAGUUCGUGCAGCUGAACUACCUGGAGAGUGGAGUCAUCAGAGGGGCAGUCAUCGAGAAGUUCCUUCUGGAAAAGAGUCGCGUGGUUUCCAGAGACAAAGAGGAGAGGAACUACCACGUCUUCUAUUAUUUGCUGGCGGGCGCGUCCAAAGACGAGCGGGAGCAGCUUCAUCUUUUGAAGACCCAAGAUUAUCUGUACCUGAAGCAGGAAAACCUCUGCUUAGAUGAUCAGGAGGAACUCGCACAGGAGUACCAGAGGCUCCACCAAGCCAUGGAGAUGGUCGGCUUCCUGGCCUCCACCAAGAAGCUCAUAUUUUCGGUCCUCUCCGCCAUCCUGCUCCUGGGCAACGUGGCGUUCUCCUGUCCAGAGGGCUCCUGGGUCCUGGAGGUUGGACCUGCAGAGGUCAUAGAUGCGCUGUCGGACCUGCUGAAGGUGAAAAAGGAACGUCUGGUGACGACUUUGACCCAGAAAAAGAUAGUGAACGCCCACAUCUCUGCGGUUUCACAGUACAUGCUGAAGGAGGCCAUCGCAGCCCGGGACUCCAUGGCCAAGUCUCUGUACAGCGCUCUGUUCGACUGGAUCGUCUUCCACAUCAACCACGCCAUGCUCAACAAACGAGACAUGGAGGAGUCCGUCUCCUGCUUGUCUGUUGGUGUCCUGGACAUGUUUGGCUUCGAGAAUCUGCGCAGAAACGGUUUUGAGCAGCUGUGCAUCAACUACGCUAAUGAAGUGCUGCAACAUUACAUCAAGCUCCAGAUCUUCAAGCUUCAGCAGGAGGAUUAUGUGGCUGAAGGCCUCGUCUGGAAGAACAUUCCGUUUCCCGAUAACAGCGGCUGCGUUCAGCUGUUCAACCACAAGCCGGCCGGCCUCUUCAGCGUGCUGGACGAGGAGAGCAGCUUCCCUGAAGCCACAAAUCAAACUCUGCUGAAGAAGCUGAAGGAGCUGCAGCACAGCAGCUCCUUCUUCGUUUCCUCUUCGGACACAGAGCGAACUUUUGUCGUCCAGCACUUUGCAGGAGCAGUUAAAUAUCACAUCCAGGAGUUCAAACAGAGGAACUCGGAGCACAUGCGACCCGACGUGGUGUCGCUCCUGCGGAGCAGCAAGCUCUCCUUCCUGCACCACCUGGUCGCAUCGAGCCAGGAAGCUCUGUUCAGAUGGGGCGUCCUGCGAGCGACCAUCCGCAUCGUGGCAAUAUUCAAGUACAUGGCCCGUCGGAGGGCAGAACUGAUUGCUGCCAAACGAAAGUCCAGAAAAUCCUUAAAUGAACUCAAACGGCGCAGCAGCCCGAUGGAGCAGCUGUCCGGAACCACUCUAGACUUCUCCUUUGACCAUUCCGACGAGCUUCCUCUUGACGCCUUUGAGGACAUCUUUGCGAGUUACGAGAUGAAAAAGAAGAAUCGAGGCAGUCGGCGGAAGCAAAUCAUUCCCAAGAACCUGAUGGAUUUGAACUCCCUUCAACACACGGCGGGACUGACGGCACACGACCGCACCAGCAAGUCCAUCUUCCACCCCUCCGUCACGCCAAAGCCUCCGACCGUCAGCGCUCAGUUUCAGACGUCUCUGGGGAAGUUGAUGACCACGAUUGAAAAAGCAGAGCCUUUCUUCAUUGUCUGUCUUCGCUCCAACAACCAGAAGAAGGAGCUGCACUUCGAGGACAAGCUGGUUCUGGAGCAGAUCAGGAACGCCGGGAUGCUGCAUAUGAUCCGCAUGAACAAAUCUGGCUACGGAGCAAAGUACACCUUCACAGAGUUCCUUAAGAAGUUCGGGAUUUUGUUUCCAAAAGGAACUGCCGCCGCUCCGCAGCACAUCACCGAGCUGUUCCAGAAAAUGGGUCUGGAUGAGAACGCCUACCAAAUUGGAAAGACCAAGGUGUUCCUGAAAGAAAAGGAGCGGCUGUUGCUGCAGGAGGUGCUGAACAAGGAGGUGAUGCGGCGCAUCAUCACCCUGCAGCGCUGGUUCCGCACAUGCCUGAUAAGACUGCAUUUCCUGCAGAAGAGAGACGCGUCCUUGAUCAUUCAGAGGUGCUGGCGGGAGUUUUAUGAGAAGCACAACAGAGCCGCCACAGUCAUCCAGACGGCGUGGCGCUCCUCGGUGGUGCCGUUGCAGCCAAACCACGACAAAGCGGACGAGCCUGACUCUGGCACACAACCUGGACGCCUCAGUUUGCCAAAGAAGCAUCUGAGGAAGCAGCAGCCCGUAGACCUCAGCCCCAACCGCCGCUCGCUGCCGGAGCCAGGCGACGCCCCGCCCACACAGCGGGACCCGAGCAAGGAGAGGCGGGAGGGCAGGCCUUCCCCAGCUCUCAAUAGACCCCUGUCCAUGCCACUGGGCAGCAAAGUGGACGGUGGGCUGCGCCCGUACCCCCCUCAGAGCACUGUGACGGGGAGGCUCAGCGAAGAUGAUCUGACUGAUGAGUCGCGUCCGGAAUCGCGGCGGAAAAUUGACUUCCGUCGGAAGGGGAAGUCCAUGUCUGCAGAUGAGCUCUCCAGGGUCAGCUCCUCCGGCUCCGACAGCUCGCCCGCCGUCGCCGAGGUCAGGGUGCGCUCCCGCAAGCAGAAAAAACGAAAGAGGCACUUAGCCAAUACCCGCAGCGGCUUGAUGAUUAACUUUGGGGGCUCCAAGGAGGGCGAUUACUGGAGCUUUCCGCUGCCUCCCAUCAGCCCCGCAGUCGCCGACAGGAAGAGCUCGGCCAGUUGCGAGGAUGUCCGGGCCCAGGUCAAGAUGUCCGAUGAACCCGACUGCUUUAGGUUCAGCCUUCAGUACGAUCCGGCCAAUAAGAGCUCCAGACAGCAGGUCCGGCCCCAACCCCCCACCACCACACCUGAAAGGGUGGGGUUCCUUAGUUUAUUCCUGAGGAAAAGGGGAAACAAAUCCUCACCUCAUGCAGACAAUUCAGCAAACAAAAUGGCCACACUGCCCACCUACAGUCCUCAGUCACUCCACUCCUCAAACCAAAACAGCGGGAAAACCAGCACUGUCCCCACCAUCCGCAUUAGCCGGGCCACGCGGGCGCUUCAGUGGGAUUCCUCCCUGGACCGGGAGAUCACCGAUCCCAAAGAGCUGCUGCACCUGGACGAGUUCCUGGGGAAUCAGGUGAACGACCUGCGAACCAGAACCAACCACCUUUCUGCAACCGAGCGCAUUUUCCUCAACGCCACCAUGGAUUUCAGAGAAACCAUCAAAAGCAUGUUUUCUUUACAGACGCCUCAGAUCGGCUACAAAGAUCUAAUGAUGAGCUACCAUAACAAGGUCAACACUCUGGGACAAGGAACGAACAAAGCGGAGAUCUCUCUGGUGGUGAAUCUGUUCCAGUCGGUGCUGGACGGCUUCAUCAGAGGAGAAAUCAAACGAGCCGAGUCUGAGCUGCCGAAGACGACAAAGAAAGGAAGGAAAAAGGAAAAAUGUGUUGAUAGUCCUCUAGAUCACCUGUUCAGCACAUACCAAGUCAACAUCAUGCAGUCAUGUGACUUAUGCGGCUCCUACAUCUGGGGAAUGGAGAAAGCGUACAUGUGCAGCGCUUGCAAGUUGAUUUGUCACAAGAAGUGUCUGACCAAAAUCAUCACAGAUUGCUCCACAAGGUGUGCCCGGCAGGAUGACAACGUGCCCGGCUCCUUGCACUUUGGGGUGCACGUGUGUCUCCUGACCAGCAAAUCCAACCCCGUGCCCAAAGUGGUGGAGCUGCUGCUGAUGCACGUGGAGCUGAACGGCCUCUACACCGAAGGCAUCUACCGCAAGUCCGGCUCUGCCUGUCAAGCCAGGGAGCUCCAUCAGAUUUUGCAGAUAAAUCCUGAAGAGGCUCAGUUGGAUAAAUACCCCAUCCACAUCAUCACGGGGCUGGUCAAACGCUGGCUCCGAGAGCUGCCCGACCCCCUCAUGACCUACUCGCUCUACACUGACUUUCUGCACGCUGUGGAACUCCCAGAGGCUUCAGAGAAAAUCCGAGCUGUGUAUCAGAAGGUGGAUGAGCUUCCUCCAGCAAACUACAACACUUUGGAGCGACUCAUCUUUCACCUGGUCAGGGUGGCAAAGGAAGAGCAGCACAAUAAGAUGUCGCCGAGUUCUCUGGCCAUCGUGUUCGCCCCGUGCAUCAUGCGUCUGCCCGACUCGGACGACCCCCUCCUUGGUAUAAAGGACGUCCCCAAAACCACGCAGUGUGUGGAGAUCCUGAUCACCGAGCAGCUCCGGCGCUACAACGAGAAGAUGAAGAACAUUCAGCAGCUGGAAGACGCAGAAGCGCUGACGGUUAGUCAGCUGAAGUUCCGGAGACAAAACACGGUCCUCGACCAGCCCUCAAAGCUGGACGCUCCUCACCGGGUCGAUCCCGAGUCCGAGACGGUGCUCAUCGAAAGACUCAAAUCCAUCAAGGAGCAGAAGACACAGUUGGCCUGCGGCUUGCCUGACAUGGAUCAUGAGCAUUCAGACAGUGAAAACCUGGACUCCUUAUCCUCGCUGAGCUCAGACAGCCUGUAUGAGUUUGGGGCCACGGAUUCGGAAGGUCAGUAACAAGGAAAGAUGCAUUUGAAACCCCAGAAACCUGAGCCCCCACAUCGCCCCGCUGACCUGGCACAAAAAGUCAGACAUUGUAUGGAUCGGGCUGAUGAUGAGCGGAGAGAGUUCAGCUCCUCUGCACAAACCGCAGACUCCUCCUCCUCCUCCUUGCCCUCCGGCCCCCACGGAGGCAGGAAGACCCGGGACGGGAGCUACGACGAUCUGGAGAUUCCUUACAUUGAUGAAGAUGAGGAUCAAAGCUGACACUAAACUGCUAGUUUUUAAAGGUGUUUAACAUGUUGGGGUUUUUUUAGAAAGUUUUGAAUGUACAUUUGUUUCAUAAACUCAUUCACUUCGCUUACGUGGUUUUUGUGAAAUUGUUCAUUUUUUACUGGAACAAAAUCCUAAUUGUUGCUGCAGAUUCUGUUCAAUUUGAGAAUUUGAUCUUUGAGUAAUGAGUUUUAGAGAAAAUGUUUUUUGAUACACUUUUGGACCUCUUAUGUGAAAAAUGAGGAGGAACUCCAAAAUCCUGAGUGCCUUGUUAGGUUAUAGACAAAACUCAGACGUGAACUUUCUUUAUACUGGAACCGUUUUAACUGUGUAUAUUACCAGUUUGGUACUGAUGUGACUGAGUUACCACUUUUUAAUUGUAGAAAAAUUAUAAUGACCAUUUUUAUUUUUUGCAUGCCUUCAAAUUUAACUUUACAUUGUCUGUGUUAGUCAGUCACUGACUGAAAUAAACGCUCAGUUCAGUACCAGCAAAUAUCCUUCCUGUCUAUAAAUAUUAAAUAUGUCAUUGAUGUUGCA